AUGGCAUCCAAGUUCGUGGUUAAUGCAGCCUUUGAGACUCGUCUACUCUUUCGGACACCUCGACGGAGCGAUGUUUACCCUCGGACCGUCCUCAAACUUGAAUAUCCUACAUUGCAGACUCUCAGAUCAUACUCAGACUCGACCUCUACCCCUUCUCCAAAAUCUGCUAGAUCUCCUAAGGAUUCUCAAUCUUCUAGACCCGAGCAUAAGCGAAAGAACUGGUACUCCCCUACUGAUUGGGGCCAUGUCUGGAACAAUGUCCGGACAGGCGUUUUGGCUGGCGGCUUGAUCACUGUUGGUCUUACUCUCACCACAUAUGCCACUCAGCCAAUCUGGGGAGAUUGGUACCAGGAAUUUCGGAGACGUGCGCACGAAUCUGCACACGAAUCUACAAUCUAUGAUAAGCUCAAAAUGGGACCGAUAUUUCAGAAGGCAAUUGAAUAUACUAUCCCACGCAAGGGCCUUAUAGAGGAAAUAAAAAAUGUCGUCACACCAGGGGAAAGAAGUCGUCUUUAUCCCCUUAUUAUCGGAGAUUACGGAACCGGAAAGACAGACCUGAUCGAGCUCGUCGUGAAUGGCAUGGACGAGCCUAAGGGUGUCGUAUAUGUCGAUAUGCCGAUUCGAUGCAGUUUUGAGGCCGAUGUUGUCAGGGCGAUGCAAACGUCUUUGGGGUGGGAUCUAGAUCGGUUGAUCGAUCCUAGCGAACGUAAUUACUACGGUUCCUUUCAAUGA